AUGACUCGAAGUUCAAUUGCAUCGAAAGAAAUCGACGUGGCAGGCGAUUAUUUACUAAAACUAUUAAAUGGUAAAAUGAAAUUUUCCGUAAAACAAAUUGAUUUAUUUAAACAUACAUUUUACGAUGUUUUAUCAAAACGAUUUAUGGGUCAUUGGUUUCCAGAACAUCCUAACAAAGGAACAGCAUACAGAUGUAUACGAUCAAUGAAUAAUCGAAUUGAUACUGUACUUCAGAAAAUUUUUCACAAAUCCAAUUUUUGUUUGAAUGACGUACAAGAAAAUUUUCCGAAAGAAUUCACAAUUUGGAUUGAUCCUGGAGAGGUUACUAUUCGUUUUGGUGAGGAAGGUACAACUUGUGUACUUUAUUCAAAACAUAAUCAAGAAUUAUAUGGUGGAAGUGACGGUGAAGACGAUCAAUCUUCCUCGUCCUCUGAAGAAGAUUCAAACGUUUCAAAAAAUUUACAAUUACUCACAAUUACCGAUGAUCUGUUGCCAUUAAAUAAGCAGAAAGUAAUUACAGUAGCUACAGCUAGUCCAAAUUUGACAUCAUUUACGCGCAACGUUUCAUCUUUAUCCAGUCGUGGACCAAGUCCAUCGACAUUAAGUAUUUCGUCAACUGACAGUAUGAGCACUACAUCAUCAUCAUCAUCACAACCUCGACGUCAACCACAGCCACUAUUUAUACCAACUUAUUCAUGUCUUCAGUCAGAGAUUAUUGAUAAAGAUUCCUCGUCAUCAAAUUCAGAUUUUUUAAAUUAUCCAUAUGAGCAAUAUUCACAACAAUCCAACAUUGAUAUUUCAAGAGGUAGUCUGUCAUUUGCAGGCUCAGAUAAUGCUUAUCAACAAAGUGAACUAUAUGAAAAUUCAUCAGUGAACUCUUACAAAACUUCAAACAAUUAUCAAUUACCUAAAGCCUAUAAUCUUCGUACUGGUUUUUAUAAUCCAACAAAUUGGAAUAAUCAGCAAGAACAACAACAGUUUUGGCCUGAAGCAUCGAUCGAUUAUUCAUUUAUGUAUAACAAUGAUGGACGAUACUGA